AUGCGCAGUGCUGUUGUUGUUAACAGUGGCGGCAAGAUGGCGGCUCUCGGAGAUGCUUCAGGCCCGGGGCUUAAUGGGUUAAUUCAGCAGUUCACAGCCAUUACAGGGGCCACGGAAAGCGUCGGGAAACACAUGCUGGAGGCGUGUAACAACAACCUGGAGAUGGCCGUCACCAUGUUCUUGGAUGGAGGAGGAAUCCCGGAGGAGCCGAGUACCAGCUCCAGCGCGGCCGCAGCGUCCGGGAGCAGAUGCCACUCAGAAGAGACCGUGCGAGCGCCGAUCCCUCAGAAACAGGAGAUCCUGGUGGAGCCGGAGCCGCUGUUCGGAGUACCGAAGAGACGGAGACCGGCUCGGUCCAUUUUCGAUGGAUUUCGGGAUUUCCAGACUGAAACCAUCAGACAGGAGCAGGAGCUGAGGAACGGAGGAGCGAUGGAUAAAAAGCUGAGCACUCUGGCUGAUCUGUUCAGACCCCCGAUCGAGCUUAUGCACAAAGGCAGCUUUGAGACGGCGAAGAACUGCGGUCAGUUGGAGAACAAGUGGCUGAUGAUAAACAUCCAGAACGUCCAGGAUUUCUCCUGUCAGUGUUUAAACCGAGACGUGUGGAGUAACGAGGCGGUGAAAGCCAUCAUCAGAGAACACUUCAUCUUCUGGCAGGUCUACCAUGACAGUGAGGAGGGUCAGCGCUACAUUCAGUUCUACAAACUCAACAAGUUUCCUUAUAUCUCCAUCCUGGACCCUCGUACAGGUCAGAAGAUGGUGGAGUGGAAUCAGCUGGACGUUUCCUCCUUCCUGGAUCAAGUGACGGGGUUUUUAAGAGAACACGGCCAGUUAGACGGACUCUCCAGUCAGCCUCCAGCCAAACGAGCUCGCUCUGAGAGUCUGAUCGACGCAAGUGAGGACAGUCAGCUGGAGGCGGCGAUCAGAGCGUCUCUCCAGGAAACGCACUACGACUCGAAGCAGGAGAAGGCGGAGUCAGAAAACGACUCGGACGCCGAGGCCUUCUCCGACAGCGAGGGCAUGAUCUCACUGGACGGGUCGGACAACGAGGGAGGAGGGAGAGACUCCAUAGACGGGAACACUUUGUUAGAACAGGCCCUGCCCACUUCCUCAAAUAGCCCCGCCCAGAGCAGGAAGUCUCCACACAAAGAGUCCAACCACAGAAAAGAAGAGAGCAAGAAAAACCACGUGGAGCCGCCGCCACAACCGAAUCACAACCCCAUAGAGUCACAACAACCACGACAACAACCACCACCACCGCCACAACAACGUCAUCAUGACCAAAGUCACAAAAUCACGACAACCCAAAGCACACCGCCUGAAGACAACGGUCCGAAGGCUCGUCUAAUGCUCAGAUACCCAGACGGUCGGAGGGAACAGAUAGCGCUGUCUGCUAACGCUAAGCUUAUGGCUCUGGUGAGACACGUUCAGUCAAACGGAUAUCCGAACGAACGCUUCGAACUCGUGACCAACUUUCCACGAAGGAAGCUGGCUCAUUUGGACUAUGACAUCACGCUGCAGGAGGCGGGGCUUUGCCCUCAAGAGACUGUGUUUGUGCAGGAGAGGAACUAACUCCGCCCUCUCCUCGCUUUUUUUUUUUUUUUUUUGUUAAUUUUCAUAUUCGUCCCUCAUCCGUUGUUCCCCAUGGAGCCGAAAAGGAUCGCGUUCCCUGGAAACGGACCACACGUUCAUAUUUAUUUGUGAAUAUUUCAGCACAUCCCUGCUCCCUCCGGGUCUUUUUCGGUUUUCCAAACAGCGAUCGUGGAAUAAUGUGAGAGGAGAGUUCGAUCAGGUUCAGACGAUGGAUCAAAUAACGAGUGACUUUAAUGAAACCGAAUCAUUUGUUUCUGUGAGGAUUUUAACCCUGACCUGUUUUAAAACGGUUUGAGCCACGCCCUUGUCUACUUCCCCUUGGUCGAGUUAAUGAGUAAAAAAAAAAAAAAAAGUACAUGAGCAAUAGAAUGUGCCACACAGUAUUUUACAAUAAUACUUCUUAUAUGUCUUUUCUUUCCUACGUCCUCCACGUCCAUAACGAAACAUCUCUGCUAACCGGUUAGCUAGGUAACUAGCAUACCAACUAAUAAACAGACCAUCUGGUUUUGUUCUAUAACUAGUCUGCAGGCUAAUCACCUUAUUAAUAUAUAUAAAGUAAAGAAUUAAACACAAAUCUUUACGGCGAGUGUUUUGAUGGUUUGUCCCACUCGUUUGUGCGGCGCCGAUGGGGAAGUGGACGACGGCGUGGCCACGUUCUUGCGGCUCUCGAAGCUUAGCGGUGGAAUUAACUGGAUCUUCAGACUUCAGAGGAAGCGUUAAAAGCGCCGACUCGUCAGGACGGAGCAGUGACCGUGUGGGGCGUUACAUUUAUAGUGAAUUUUUCUGUCUCUUUUUUUAUAUGCUGCAUCAUUUCCACAAAAAAAGUUGAUUCUCAAAUAUAACCAUGAAAAAAAGCUGCGUGUGUGUAUUUGUACGUAGGUUAGGUUGGUGUAAUUAUUUCAUUAACUUUGGUGUGCAGUGUGUAAAGCUGAGGCGGUAAUCCAGCUGUAAAAUGAGAUCACUAUAGGACACGUCAACAAACACUUCGGCAUCCCAUAAUUUCACAUAUCAAAAAAUUUACAUUAUGUCCUUGGCUUUAUACACACACAAACACACGCAGGGCUUCUGCUUAUACACAAAUGUUUUUGAUCAGGCAUCACUAUUGUAAAUGGCGGCCCGCAGUCAGGAUCUGGACCAAGUGACAAUUCUAUCCGGACCGUGAUGUUUUUCUGAUAAAAGCAUCAGGGUCCCCCUCAGGGUGGGUGUGGCUAUACAAGUCACUCAACAGCCAAUCAAUCUGAUAGUUUACCUUGUAUAGACGGAGUGCGCAAAAGUAACACAAACAAAAGCGCGACAGCAUGACUUAUUGCAAGAAAAUACAAGUAGACUGAAAACUGAACCUUCAAAGAUGAAUGUACAGAAACAUAUCAAAAGCAGUCUGAGGUGAGGGCGUGUACGAUACCCGAACUGAGAGCCCGGUGUGACGGAGCACCCGGUGUCGACUUACAUUUAUUUGCAGCCGUGCAUUUGAAGAUUCACUAAAGACUAACUCCAGGCUGUUGUUUGUUUUUCAUACAGAUACCGGGAAAUAA